UGAAAGCGAAAAAAAAAACAAAAAAAAAAUCGCUCUUUUACCGCUUUGUGAUUACCGACAUUUCUCUCUCCCUUCGGCGCCAAACUGUCAUUCUUUCAGUCUACUUUCCCCUUUCAAUGAAACCCUAGCCCAAAAUCCAUUUCCGUUUGUGCCUUUAGUUUCCUUCCAUUUCUCAACCGCCAAUUGGACUCAAGACUAGCGCUUCUACUGUUAAAGAUAAGGUUAUUCUAGCUGUCUCUUUCAGUUUAGCGGCCUUCAAUCUUAUUAUCAAUUUGCAUGCCCAGAUUGGAGAAUCGCCAUUCUAGAGGGGAUGGAUCUAAAUCCCUUGCAGAGACUUUGGCAAAGUGGAGAGAAUACAAUGACCGCCUUUAUUCAACUGAGGGCGUCCACAAGCCAAUUCCUAGAGUUCCGGCCAAGGGGUCGAAGAAAGGAUGUAUGAAGGGAAAGGGAGGGCCUGAGAAUUCUCGCUGUAGCUUUAGGGGUGUGCGGCAGAGGACAUGGGGCAAGUGGGUUUCUGAAAUUCGGGCACCGAACAGGGGUAGUAGGCUUUGGCUAGGCACCUUCCCAACAGCCAUUGAAGCUGCUCUUGCUUAUGAUGAAGCUGCAAGGGCUAUGUACAGUUCCUGCGCUCGCCUCAACUUUCCUAACAUUUCUAUUUCCGUUUCUGGUUUACAAAAAGAUUCUCCGUCAGUUGCCACACCAUCAGUCUCUAGCUCACAAGCAACUCCAGCAGGUUCUGAGUUCUCUGGUACACCAAACAAUUUGGAGGACUGCGCUGGUGAAGAAGUGGUGAAACCCGUUUCCAACAACACUCAGAUUGAGGCCGCCAUUCAUCCUGCUUUAGGAGCCUAUCCUCUAACUCAUAUUUGUUCCGAUUUCGAAACAAGCCUAAGGAAACUCAUAAGCUAUCUUUCCUUCCAAACCCCUCCAACCGUCUUCGGCAUUUUUGGGACGGGCCAAAUCUUCGACGAGGCCUACGGGUUCGCCCUUUGCCGCGGCGACCUGUUUCCCACAGACUGCGCCAGAUGUGUCAUCGAAGCGAGUGAGGAAAUCCUCAGGCUCUGCCCUUACAAGCCCGACGCCGCCAUUUGGUACGACCACUGCCUGCGGAGGUACCACAGCAACGAUAUCUUCGGCAAAAUCGACACCCAAAGAGUGCCCCGGUUCGCGAGCGCGGCGAGCAUAGGCGAAAACGAGGUGGCCUUUUCCGAAAGCACUAGGCGGCUGCUUGGUGGGCUGUCACAAAAUGCUUCUGUGGAUAGAAAUCUGUAUGCGAGUGACGAAAUAGCAAUCGACGACUCGAGGAAGAUUCAUGGGAUGGCUCAGUGCACAAGAGACCUUUCCAAGAGUGAGUGUAAGAGGUGUCUUGAUCACUUGGUUGAUUCGGCAGUGGGCUGCUGUUCUGGAAAAAGAGGAGUUAGGAUUAUUUCUGCUAGUUGUUACUUAAGAUAUGAGCUCUACCCUUUUUCGAAUAUAAGCUAUUAA